AGUUCUUAUUUUGAAUAAGUUAACGUACAGUGCCAUUUCACAAGUUUGUUUUGUCUCAACAAUAACAGUUUCUGAGUGUUCCCAACAAAGUGUUUUUGGAAAAAAAAAUUAUUAUAAAUUCAAAUUAAAAAUGCAUAUUUUACUCUUUUUUACUAUUUGUGUUGUUAUUAUCGCUACAGGCGAAUCAAUUCAGUGUUACAAUUGUGUGGAUGGACCGGAUCACAUUCCAGGAUUACAUAAAUGUAUUUUACCAUUUUCAAUAAACGAUACAAAUCAAAAAUGUACAGAAGAACAUGGAUACUGCAUGAAAGGCACUGGUAGUUUUGAUGGACAUUCAAUAGUGAUGCGACAAUGCAUACCUAUUGUAGAUGUUAUUCCUAAUAUUAAGACACAUGAACUUCCAGCGCCUACAGAACCAGUGGAAAUGCAAUUUGGUGAUGUUCGACUCACGGCUAAUAUUUGCCUCGGUAAUCUUUGCAAUGCAGCAUCAAUUUUAAAUGCACGGAUUUCAUUAGCUAUUGUAUUUCUCUCUAUUUUUCUCAAUUUAUAAUUUUUUUACUCUUUCUUCAUUUUAAACAUAAAUAUAUAAUUUAAAUAAUGUGUAAAAUUGUAAACUGUAAAUGUUAAUUUAACUCUGUAUGUCAUUAAAUGUUUCUUUUACAAAAGCUUAUUUAUUAUAUAUUUUAUACCUGACGAAUACCACUCAGGUGCAAAUAGACCUACACUAGGAAUUACGUACCGGAAUGUAACCGUCACCUAGGCUAUUUGAGAAAUUAAACAUUUUUAGGUUAUGUUGCUACGUUCUUAGAAAAAAAAAAUCGAACUUACUGAUCGCGGAUUCCCUUGACGGAGCGAUGGCAACAUUUCCAUCUCGAAGUGGUACUCGAACGGUGUUUUCCAAAAUUGGCACACAAAAAAACACUCACUCGCAAUUUCAAAAUUUUCAGACAAUCCCGAACCGCGUGUUAACUGAAAGAAUCAAAACUCAUUUAAUUUUUACUUGCGGUUUUAACGAACACUCCCGAUACAAAAAAAAAAUUAUUUUAAUUUAUAUUAACGUAAUAAAAAUUACUUUAUACAGAGAAGUAAAUUAAGAAAAAUUAAUAUAUUACUCGAUCGCGGGUUUAGAAAACACGAACACACUCACGAAAGAUAAAAAUUCAUUUAAUUUAAAAAAUGAAAAUUGACUUUCUGCUUAUGAUAGCGACCGUUACUGUAAAAAGCUUGAGUGGGGAUAAGUUGGCACUUAUUCUUCCGGUUGCGUUUGCAAUUACGAUUCCGAUUAUGUUUCUCUUCUGCUCAGGCCUUAAGUUGGGUUGUCAUGGUAACGUAUAGGAGUGAGAGAAAUAAAGAAUGUUUUUUAUUUCUCUCACUCUUAUACGUUACCAUGACGACCCUACUUAGAUAUCUGAGCUGUGGACAUAACCUAAGCAAAGAAUUAAAAAAUUUCACGAAUACGUAGUGUUUAGAACGAACCCGACACGCGAAGGUACUUUUCGAAAAUGUGAUCCCUCCCACUCCUGAACAAUUGAUGGGCAAUGAAUUUUUAAUCACGUGAUCGUAAUAGAAUAAUUUUGAAUUUUCCACCAAUCACAUAAAGACAAAAUAUCCACGAGAAAGAGAUAGGCUCAUUGUUUUUCUUCCAUUCUUUUAUUAUUUCUAUUUAAUUUAAAUAUUAAAAUAUUCAUACUAUAAAAAUAUAAAAAUUUUGCCAAAGGAAAAUAAUUUUCUAUUUUUAAAUAUAAUAUAUUAUUAUAAAUAUAAUACAUGGAAAAUAUAGAAAAAAUUUAUCCCCACCAUUUAAAAUUAGGGUGCAGUCACAUGGAGCAAAUUACAGGAAUAGAUAUCGACCAAUCAAAAUGCAUUCUCUUGCGGUAAAGCAGAAUUUGCCGGGAAAAACGAAAUUUGUAUUCUUUCCCAUGUGACGAAAAAUUUAAAUGAUGCAUAAAACAUUAAUUACGUCACAAAAACUUAUUUUUACUUUAUUUAAAUCUUAAAUUUAGUUAAUUUAUUUACAUAAUUAAAUUUUAUAUAUUUUUUAAUUUAAAAUUUAAUUUUCUUAAAUUUGAUUUUUCAAAAUUUAGUUUUACUUUAAUUUUCACACGUCAAUUAAAAUAGUCUUCUGUUUAUUUCCCUCUUCUCAAGAUGAUGCUGCUGUCUGCAUCCAAUAGUCCUUUCUCCAAUUGUUGAAACAUUUUUUAUUUAUUGAAAAUUAAAUAAUAAACUUAUUCUCAUAAAAAAAAAAAUAACUUGAAAAUUUUUUUUUGUAAAAGUUGCCAUUCUUACUAUUUCUACUAAUUUAAUUAUAACCUAUACAUUAUUAAUUUCUUAAAAUUGUAUCAAAAAAAAAAAAAUUAAUUAUCAAUUACUGUAAAGUAAAAAAAAAAAGUCGAAUUUUUAAUUAAAACAAAAUUUACAAAAUUUUGCAAAUUAAAAAUAUUUCAGCAAAUAGUUUACACUUUUUUUUUUAAUACAUAAAUGAGAAAAUAUGCAAAUUUUAGUAGCUACAUUAAAAAAAUUCAUUUUAAAAAAAAUUAAUUAUAAUAAUUAUACUAAUUGUAAAAAAUAAUUCUAGUAAAUGUGUGACGCGAUCUAAAGAAAGGGACCUUAGAAGCAAGAAAAUUUCAAGUAAAACUGUCGUAAACAUAACCUAUAAUUCAUUUGCUUCUAAGGUCCCUUUCUUUAGAUCGCGUUACAAAUAUAGAAAAAAAUUAUUUAGUUCAUAGAAAAAAAACAAAAAAAAAAUAAAAAUAAAAAUUUGAAAAAAAUUACAAACCCCAUUACAAAAAAAAAAAUAACUUGUAUCUCGAAAUCAAUUUGAUAAAAAAAAAUAUUUAAAAAAUGAAAUAGGGGAAAAAAUAAAAAAAAAAAAAUUGUCAGUCCCAUCGAAUUAGGAUUAGAACGACAGUUUAGUGGGGCCCAGGAACUUUACGAUUACAAGAAACCACAAUAAUUUAUUAUAAUACACCUGCUGUACACCGGAAAUUUCCCAAAAAGGCAGUGCAAGGCGUUCACACUUUCAACCUCCUUGUACUUAUUUCCUUAAUAAUUCAAUUGGCAAUAAUAAUAAUAAUAAUAAUAAUAAUAAUAAUAAUAAUAAUAAUAAUAAUAAUUCUAAUAAUAAUAAUAAUUUGUAAUUUAAUUAAAAAUUAUAAUAAAAUAAUAAUUAGUCGAGGAAUAUGUUUAAAUAAAUUUUCUUUUUUUUAACGCUAUUUGUUUCAAAAAAACAAAUUUGUCGACUAAUUAAUAUUUUCUUUUUUUUUCUCGAUGAAUAAACAAACUUCGAUAUCUCCAUUUUAAUUUCAUUUUCAGAUAAGUUUCCUUUUAUUUUUUAUUAAUUUUUUUUUAAUUUUUUUUUGACAAAAAAACGAAUAAUAAUAAUAAUAAUAAUAAUAAAGAACGAUAGAGAGAAGAAGUAGAAGAUGAAGACGGUAGGGGGGUGUGGGGGGUAAGGGCAGGGGAAAAAAGAGACGAGAUAGAGAGUAAAUGGCGAUAGCAAGGGCAGGGACCGUAUUUUUGUUUUUUCACUAUAUAUAUAUAUAUAUAUAUAUAUAUAUAUAUAUAUAUAUAUAUAUAUAUAUAUAUAUAUAUAUAUAUAUAUAUAUAUAUAAUUAAAUAUAUAUCAUACAAAUUAAAAAAAAAAAAAUUAUCCUAUAUAGAAACGCAGGAGCUAAGAACAAUAUUUGUUUCUUUUUUUUUUAUAUAUAAAAUUAUCAAAAUAAUAGUCGCUUAUUUCCUGUCAGUACAAAAUAUCGAGGAGGAAACAAAAAAACACGAAUUAUCGCAUUCGUUAUUAGUAAUAUUAAUAAAAAAAAAUUAUAUUAUAAAAUAAAAUAGAAGUUACAAAAAAAAUCGUUUCCUAAAAAAUAAAAUCACAUUAUUCGAUAUUUGCAAGAAAAAAAAAAAAAUUUGUUUCGUUUUUGAAAUAUUUUUUUAAAGAAGGAAAGUUGUUUUUCUAAUUCGAAUAAUUAAAAAUCGGAGAAGAAAAAAAGAAAAAGUUGCGAAAAGAAGAAAAAUUCGCAGCGCUUUCUUUUUUUUUUUUUUUUUUUAAUUCUACUUUACUAAUACUUACAGGUACGCAGAUGCGAUUUUCUACAUCGUAGUUUUGUUUUUUUCUUUCUUUCUUUCUUUUUUUUCUUUUUUUUUUAAUAUUAUACGCACGAAGUUUAGCCCCAUGCCCUGCAAUUGGAGCAAACAAACUGUACAAGGAAUUAUUAUUAUUAUUUCUUUUUUUAUCAAUUACACACGACUCCGCUCCUAUUAUUCUCUUGGUAUCGACGGAACGCGAUGUUUAUUUUUUGUCGUAAAAAAAAAAAAAUUAUUAUUUCGGCUCUCGACUCUCACGAAAAAUUAAAGAGAAUGAAAUACAUUAAAAAAAAAAGGAAUUCUAAAAAAUAUUAAGUGAAAAAAACAAGUUUCGAUUGGAUAAAAAAAAUUUCCCAAUUUUUUUCUUUUUAAAAUAAAAUUAUUUUUUUGUUUAUUACUAAAUUUACUGUAUUUAUUAUUACUAUUUUAUACUUAAAACUUUUUUUUCGGAAAGACAAUUAUUUUUUUCCGUUUUUGGGUUAAAAUUUUUUUUUUUUUUUUUUUUUGAAUUUACAAAAUUGGGAAAGAGAGCCGAGAGGAGAAAAUAAAUUGAAUGAAGGGCGAGAAAUAGUUUUUUAGAGAUAAAAAAAAGAGAGAGGAAGAAAGUUGAAAAUGUAGCGGAGAAAUUCAGCCCCUGCGCCUUUUUUUUCGCGGGAAAUUAUUCAGAGCGCCAUUUAAUUCGCAAUUUCUCAGUUUCCUCUAUCCUACGCCACUUUACAUUUUGUUGUUGUUUUUUUUUUUUUUUUACUAUCAAUAUGUUAAAAUACAAAGGUCA